CACAAAAUCACACCAUUUUCAUUUGUUCUCCACUAAAGGUUCCGAGUCUCCCACAAACAGAAGUGAAAGUUGUGAAACUCAUCAGUUCAAUUGAUCUCUAGGAUUUGAACAUUUGAAGAAGAAAAGAAAAGAACCAUGUCUGUGAUUUCUGCUCAUCAAACCCUAAACAUUAAACAAUUUAGUAUUUUACCAUCAUCUACAUCGAUAUCUCAUUCCUCUUCAAUGUUUUCCCCUAAUUCAUCCUUUUCUUCUUCAACUAAUUCUCUUUCUACUAAGUUUUUUCAGGAGAAAAGAUCAUCUUCUGUUGUAAGAGUUUCUUCUUCAUCUUCUUCUACGGUUGGUUUUAGUGAAAGUAUCAGUGAGAUUCUUGGGGAUGUUAGUAUUUUCACUGCAGCUGGUGAAUCAGUUAUGAUCAAGGAUUUAUGGGACCAAGAUGAGGGUGUGGCUGUUGUUGCUCUUCUAAGGCAUUUUGGGUGUCCUUGUUGCUGGGAACUCGCUUCAACACUCAAAGAGUCAAAGUCGAGGUUUGAUUCUGCUGGCGUGAAACUAAUUGCUGUUGGUGUUGGUACGCCUGAUAAAGCACGGAUUCUUGCAGAGAGGUUGCCGUUUCCUAUGGACUCCCUUUAUGCAGAUCCUGAUCGCAAGGCAUAUGAUGUUUUGGGAUUAUACUAUGGUUUUGGCCGCACAUUUUUCAACCCAGCCAGUGCUAGCGUAUUUUCAAGGUCUGAGGCACUGAGAAAAGCUGUGAAGAACUACACCAUUAAAGCGACUCCAGAUGAUAGGAGUAGUGUAUUGCAACAGGGAGGAAUCUUCGUCUUCAAGGGUAAACAGUUGUUAUAUGCAAGGAAAGAUGAAGGAACAGGCGAUCAUGCCCCUUUAGAGGAAAUCUUUAAUGUAUGCUGCAGUCCGGUUGCUUAGAUCUUAGUUCCACACCAAUGCUUCGCCUCUCGUAGGAAUGCAGGUAAUGUCUCUGUAAUUUGGUACAGUUUGAGUUCCUCGUGUUUAGGAAUGAGAUUUCCCUGAAGUAGUUAAAAGCCAUCGCAAAAUGUACGCAGAAGAGACGGUGUAUAAGUGUGCAAAACUUAAAAUGUAUUAUUGUAUAAAUAAAUAAAAUUGAUUUCAUAACUCAUUGAGCA